AUGGCCAAGGAAGCCUCUGGUGGGGACUCCCAGCAGCUGCCUCUGCUCCUCCUGGCCCCUCCAGCGGAGGUCCUGGGCGAGAUCCUGAGCGAGCAGUUUGGCCCCCUGCCUUUCAUGGCGCCUAUCACGCGGAUGAAGAGGAAGCCAUCUGGCUACUACUACCCCACCGAGAACCGAGAGCAGGUCCUGGGUCGGAGGCGGGCAGCUAACGCCAAAGAGCGAGAGAGGAUCAAGAAUCUGAACAGCGGUUUCUCCAAGCUCAAAUCUAUUGUUCCGCUGAUUCCAAAAGACCGGAAGCCCAGUAAGGUGGAUAUGCUUAAAGCCACAGCUGAAUAUAUUCGCCUGUUGCGCUUGAUUCUGGAGGAAACCGGAGGGCUUGAGGGGGAAGGUGCUGUGAACGGUCUGCCUCCGGGGCCAGAGGUGGUGGAAGAGCCCUUAGAGGAGUGCUUGUCAGGACCCGUCCCAGCACAGCGGUCCAGCUGUUACAUCAAGACCGAGAACGGCCUGAUGGUGUGGGCCAAUCAGAUGAUGGACGCCCCUGUAGGCACGUGGGGGGAAGCCAUUCUGCCUGCGUACUUGGGGGUCGUAGAACUUCAUAAGAGUGACUAA